AUGGUGAUAGGUGAUGGUUGGGAAAGACAUGUGGUGGUGAUGGUUGGACCUAUAAUCAUGAAUGGUCAUAUUUACGUUGAUACAUUUUCAAUGCUACUAAACUACCAUUUGUGGUAUGUUUUGACACCCGUUCGUGUUGAUUUCAUUUGGAGGGACUCUAGAGCAAACAAACUCUUCAUGAUGCUCAUUGAUCAAAAUAGAGAGAAAUUGUUAGUAGUUGUUCCACAACAAAUGAUGCGCCUUAUUUAUGGAGGGAAUCUAUUGGGUGGUGUGUUUUCUUUAAACCAUUUCCAAAUCGAACCACCCUAUGGUGAGUAUCCGAGGUAUCAAGAAUACAGUUUAUUACGUGACGAUUUGAUGAUUAAGAUCAGCAAUAACACACGGUUUAAUCGUUUGGCCGAUGCUAUCAUAUCAUGGUUUCCGGUUUUCCCAUUGGUUCCCUCGAUAAAAAGUUUAGUAGAGGAUCGGACAGAGAGAAAAAUGAUGAUCGAUAUUGUUGGAAAAAUCAUCAGAGGCAAGCAAACUAUUCCCGUUACUUUGUGUUCAAUGAGGAACGUAGAUAAAGGAAACGAAAACUGUGAUGAUUCCCAAAACCCGAUAGAUAUAGAAAAAGAAAAUCGAAAAAGAUACAAUAGAAACUAUUAUGCACGAAAAAAGGAGAAAAACAAAAUGAGAAGGAUAGCUAACGGUGAAGGAUGUAGUCAACCUACAACACUCACAAGUUGCACUACAAUGGAGACAAACGAAACAAAUAUCAAUGAAGAUUCCUCUGUGAGUGUUAUAAGUGCUGCUCAGAGGACAAGUACUUAUAAUAAAGAAUAUUAUCAACGAAGAAAGGAACGAACUAUGAUGACAAAAAGAAGAGUAUACGCCUUUCAGGAGGAUCCGUAUGAUUUUGUUUACGAAAAUAUCCGUAUGGAACAUCGUAUAUUAAAGGCUCAAAACCCUUGUGUUUAUUGUGGAGCAAAGCGAAUACAAUAUGAAUUCCCUACCUUUUGUUGCAUGAGUGGGAAGACAAAACUAGCACACUCCCCUAUUCCCACAGAAUUGCACCAACUCUUCACAAGGCAAGAGCAGCUAGAAGAAAGCUUCAGGUACAAUAUAAGGGCGUACAACUCAAACUUUUCUUUCGCGUCACUGGGUGUAAAGGUGGAUAAAGAAUUGGCCAAUAUGAAUUCUGGAGUUUACACUUUUUGUGCGCACGGAACACUCUAUCAUAAUAUCGAUCAGUUAAUUUCAAGGGAUGGAAAAUCAAGAGUGACUUUGAAUGCGUCGGUGGAGCUUGACCAAAGGGUGUACAAUAAGCCGACCACAUCUGAGGUUGCUGGUAUUUGGGUUGAAGGAAAUGACAACAUCACUGCAUAUAAAAGAAGUAUUAUUGUCUACGGGAGGUCUAACUAUAGUACUGAAAUUCAACCUCACUUUGGUUGUUAUGAUCCUUUGUGCUAUCCUUUAUUCUUUCCCAAUGGUGAGUCUGGAUGGCAUCCUAAAAUACCAAGAUAUGGGGUGGCCAUGGAUGAAAUUAAUAGUGACAAUGAAGACAAUGAUGAAGGUUCAGAAGGAUCUACUUCAAAAAAAUGCAGAAAUACUGUAAGUAUGCGGGAGUACUAUUGUUACAAGUUCCAGAUACGGUCGAAUGAUAAUGUGAUUUUGAUGGGAGGGAGAUUGUUCCAACAGUUUGCAGUAGAUACCUAUAUAAAGAUUGAGACUACACGUUUGGUUUUUGUUGAAAAGAACCAAACCAAAAUUAGAGCCGAUUUAUACCAGGGUGUUGUUGAUUGCUUCAUUGCCGGUGAGGCUCAACCAAGUAGGGUUGGACAGAGAGUUGUGUUACCUGCAAGUUUCAUUGGAGGUCCACGUGACAUGCGCCGAAGAUUUCUGGAUGCCAUGGCUUUAGUUCAAGAUGAUGGGAGGCCUGAUAUAUUCCUUACAAUGACGUGCAACCCAAAAUGGAAAGAAAUCGAUGAUGAGUUAUUGCCUGGACAGUCAGCUCAAGAUCGACCGGACCUUGUUGCAAGAGUUUUUCAUGCUAAGUUAGAGGAUCUCAAGGUACAGUUAUUGCAGAGACAUAUAAUCGGUGUGGUGGGGUUAUAUGAGUAUGUGAUAGAGUUUCAAAAGCGUGGAUUGCCACAUGCACAUUUCCUCUUAAUAAUGACCCCUAGAUAUAAGAUGAAUAAUCCAGACGAUUAUGACAAACUUGUGUGUGCGGAAAUUCCCGACCCAAUAAGAUGGGUGGCUCCAUACAACCCAAAGUUGUUAAUGAUGUUUAAUUGUCAUAUCAACGUUGAGGUUUGUUCGAGUAUAAAGUCUGUGAAGUACCUCUUCAAAUAUGUUUAUAAGGGCCAUGACAAACAAGUUAUCCAUAUUGAUAAAGACCAAGAAAAUGUUGUUAUUAAUGAGAUAAAAAAGUAUCAAGACGCACGUUAUGUGUCCCCUCCCGAGGCAUUAUGGCGAGUUUUUAGCUUUCCUCUUUCAAAAAUCCACCCUUGUGUGAUGGCCUUGCAAAUACAUCUCCCGAAUCAACAGUUGGUUAGGUUCAAAGACGGUGACAGAAUGGAAGACAUUGUUGAUAGGGAGAAAGAAAAAGAUUCAAUGUUGACGGCAUUUUUCAAGAAGAAUAAAGAAGAUUCCAAAGCGAGAGAAUAUUUGUAUAAGGAUUUUCCAAAACAUUUUACAUGGAAUCGGGGCAACCAUUGUUGGAGGACCCGCGCACAUAAAUCAAUGGUGGGUCGACUUGUUUAUGCUAAUCCAGCUGAAGGAGAGAGAUACUACCUACGCCUUCUUUUAUGUCAUAUCAUCGGGCCUACCUGCUUUGAAGAUUUAUACACAGCCAAUGGUGUAUUACACCCUACAUUUCGAAAAGCAGCUCUCGAAAGAGGUUUAAUAGAGACGGAUGAUAAUUUAUCACAGUGUCUUGAAGAGGCUUCGUUAUUUCAAUUUCCCAGCGCACUUAGAAGGUUAUUUGCGACGAUGCUGAUUUUUUGUGAACCAGGAAAUGUUCGCAAGUUAUGGGACGACCACUAUGAUUCUCUUUCUGAAGAUUAUAGGAAACAAUAUGGAUGUGCCGAGCGAGUGCAAAAUAUGGUCCUCAUCGACAUUAGAGUCUUCCUAGAAUCUAUGAGUAAAAAGCUUAGUGAUUAUGACCUUCCAAAUGUCAGUGCACACAUCAAUUUACAAUCAAGAGGCUAUCGUGAGGUGCAAGAAGAAUACUCUAUAAAUGUGGAAUAUGAAGACUUACAUGCGCGGGACUCUCUCAAUCCAGACCAGAAGUUUGCAUAUGAUGAGAUAAUGAGGCAUGUGGAUCAAAAUAUUCCGAGUGUCUUCUUCAUAGAUGGUCCCGGUGGAACUGGAAAGAAAUUUUUGUACAAAGCUUUGUUGGCCAAUAUUCGUGCAUGUGGUCUUAUUGCACUUGCAACUGCCACGUCAGGUGUUGCGGCUAACAACAUGCCAGGAGGGAGAACAGCUCAUUCACGAUUUGGAAUUCCCCUCAAUCUUGAUAAUAACUCGAUGUGCAAGAUCACUAAACAAAGUGGGAAGGCUCAGAUACUUCGCGAGGCAAAGGUAAUCAUAUGGGAUGAAGCAGCAAUGGCUAAGAGGCAGGCAGUAGAAGCAGUUGAUCGGACAAUGCAAGACAUCACAGAUGAGAAGCUCCAUUUCGGUGGAAAGAUAAUGGUUAUGGGAGGUGACUUUAGACAAGUGUUGCCGGUCGUGAGACGUGGCACUCGAGCAUAA